AUGAGACCAAGGAUGCUGCGAGUGGUGCUGGUGGUCAUGCUCGUGGGGGUCGUGAACCAUGCCACGUGCUCAGACCUCGACUCCGCCGUCAAGUUCCUCCAGGAGCAGGUAAACGCUCUCCUGGACCAUCGGCAGGAGGAUUACAACGCCCUGGAAGAAAGUCUCAAGAAAGCGAUCGAAAAGAACACCGAGCUGAUCGUGCUAAGAGAGGAAGUUAAACAGCUUAGGAAGGAAGUGACCGCGCUGCGUGGCGGAAGCGGCAACGAAGCGAAGAACGAGCGGCUGAGGGUGCGGUGGCUCGGCAGCGCAGUUGCGGAAUUGAGGAGCGAGGUCGCCGAGGUCCUGCGCGCGCGAAACGCCAGCGAGGAGCUGGCCGAGCGCGCGCGCAUGCGCAGCGAGGUGGCCCUCCUGAAGGGCGACGUCGCCGAGAUCGGGCGCAGCAUCCGCGACCUUGGAGGACGGAUGACGAAGAUCGAGGCGGCCCUGGGGACGAUCCGAGUGGACAUCGCUGCCACGAAGGAGCGCUCGACCCAGCUGUCGCGCACCUGCGCCGACACGAUCAGUCAGCUCAGCGCGGUGCAGAUGGAGAUGAAGUCCCUGAAGUGCGAGCCAGCCAUGGACCAGAAGAGCCACCAGUUGUCCCGGAACGAAGUCCGCAACGAGAUGAAAAGGGAGCAUUACAGACGCCACUUGAGGAGGAGCUACCUGAGGUCUUCCCAAAGUCGGCGCAUAGAAGAGCGCCUAGGUCAUCUUGAGCGCAAAAUAGCGAUAGUUGCUCGAAAGCGAGCAGUAGUGGAGAAGCGAGUGGUCUACGAGAACCAGGAAGACUUGACUGCCCGAGUGUCCACCCUGGAGAGCAGACAGCACGACCUCUCCCGACAGCUCUUCAACGUGACCAGAGAAGUCUCCGCGAUGGUCAAGCUAGGGGACUCGAUGGUGCAGCUCUUCGAGUCCGUGCAGGCGCUGGAAGACAAGGUAGACUCGGGUCAGUCGGGCACGAAGAAGGAGAUCUCGCGACUGGACAUCAACGCCGCCAGGAAGGCAGCCGAAUUGUCCUUGACCAGAGAAGAGUUGAACAACCUGAGACGUACGGUACAGGCGCUGAGCGUAAGCGCCUCGAAGCUGCAGGAGAAGAGCGACCAGCAACAGGAUCUUAUCGCUGGUUUGAACUCCACGAUGCUGAAGCUGGACCUUUCCAAGUCCCUCGACAAGGCGACGAAUAUCACGCACGAGCUGGAACACGUGGAAGAUCAGUACAGGCUGAUGGUAGACGCUCUUCCAGGCAACUGCGAGGAGAGGGACGGACUCACUCUUUUAGCACCUGGUCCCGGAGCACCUCUGAUGGUGUCUUGCCAUGAAGGGUGGAUCGUCGUGGCGAGGCGCAUCGACGGCAUGGUGGAUUUUGAUCGAAGCUGGAACGAUUACGCGUCUGGAUUCGGGUCCCCGGUGAACGAGUUCUGGGUGGGCAACGAGGCUUUGCACAGACUCACCAGAGACAACUGUACCAGGCUCAGGAUCGACUUGAUGGACAUCUACGGGACUCGCUGGAGGGCGGAUUACGAGCACUUUAACGUGGACUCUGAAGAGGAAGGGUACAGGCUUAGGGUCUCUGGGUUUAGUGGGAACGCUACCGAUGCGCUUUCCUACCAGAAUGGAAUGGCGUUCAGUGCCAAGGACCGGGACAUGGACAUCAGCUCCACAGAUUGUGCCGCGAAUUACCAUGGGGGUUGGUGGUUCAGCCAUUGCCAGCACGCGAACUUGAAUGGGAGGUACUCCUUGGGCUUGUCCUGGUUCAAGUCGAGCACCAACGAGUGGAUGGCCGUGGCGUCCUCGGAGAUGUCUCUGCAACGGAAACAUGAUUGCUGA